AGUUAGUUUACCCUCUUACAAAGAAAUGAAAAGUUUGUAAUUUUUAAGGUAGGUUUAUUUUAACAGUGAGAGACAGAAUAUCAAAACAAAUCCAGAAAUGUAUUUAAAAAAAAGAUAUAAAUUGAUUUGCGUUUAAUUGGGGGAGUUAAGUAUUUGAUUGCAACUCACAAGGAUUCUGGCUCCCACAGAGCAGUUAAAUAAGUCCUCUUGCUUUAAGAAAGUACUCCUGAUGUCAACUCGUUACCUGGAUUAAAGACACCUGUCCACAGUCAAUAAAUCAGAUUACAACAUCUCCCCAAUGGCAAGCCCAAAGACAGGUCUUGUGAUCAUGGCGGAACAAAUGUCUAAGGACAUCAGGGACAAGAUUGUAGACCUGCACACGGCUGGAAUAGGCUACAAGACCACCAACAAGCAUCUUGGUGAGAGAGAGACAACUGGUUUGAUUAUUAGAAAAUGGAAGAAGCACAAAACGACCAUCAAUCGCCCUCAGUCUGGAGCUCCACUAUCAAUGAUCAUGAGAAAGGUGAGGGGUCAGCCAAUAACUACACAGGAGGGACUUGUUAAUGAUCUGAAGGCAGCUGGGACCACAGUCACCAAGAAAACUAUUAGUAAGACACUGCGCCAUAAUGGAUUAAAAUCCUGCAGCGCCUGCAAGGGUCCCCUGCUCAAGAAGGCACAUGUACAGGCUGUCUGAAGUCUGCCAAUGAACCUCUGAAUGAUUCAGAGAAGGCUUAUGAGAAGGUGAUGUGGUCAGAUGAGACCAAAAUCAAGAUCAUUGGCAUCAACUCGACAUGUCGUGUUUGGAGAAGGAGAAAUGCUGACUAUUACCCCAAGAACACCAUCCCCAGCAUCAAACAUGGAGGUGGAAUCAUUAUGCUUUGGUGGGGUUUCUCUGCUAAGGGGACAGGGCGAUUCACCGCAUCGAGGGGAGGAUGGAGGGGGCCAUGUAUCGUAAAAUAUUGGCUUAUAACCUCCUUCCCUCAGCCAGGACACUGAAAAUGGGACAUGGAUAGGUCUUCCAGCAUGACAAUGACCUAAAACAUACGGCCAAGGCAACUAAGGAGUGGCUACAGAAGAAGCCCAUUAAUGUGAUGGAGGGGCCUAGCCAGUGUCCGGACCUCCAUCCCAUAGAAAAUUUGUGGAGGGAGCUGAAGCUUCCAGUUGCCAAGCAUCAGCCUCCAAACCUUAAGGAUUUUUGAGAGAAUCUGCAGAGAGGAGUGAACCAAAAUCCCUCCUGAGAUGUGAGCAAACCUGGUAACCAACUACAAGAAACAUCUGACCUCUGUGCUGUCCAACACGGCUUUCUCCGCCAAGAACUAAGGCAUGUUUUGCAAGGGGAUCAAAUACUUAUUUCCCCAAUGAAAUGCAAAUUCAUUUAUAUCUGUGUACAUUUCUGGAUUUUGUUUUUGAUAUUCUUUCUAUCACUGUUAAAAUAAACCUACCAUAAAACUUACAGACUGUUCAUUUCUUUGUAACUGGGUAAACUAACUAAAUUGGCAGGGGAUCAAAUACUUGUUUCCUCCACUGUAUCUUGCUUUCACUCAGGAGACAGAUCCAGAGUAGCUUUACCAGAGAGAUCUGUGGUUGAUGCUUUUGGUCUGUGUAAACAACGUUUGGGUCAAAGUUCAGCCUUCUGGGCAAAGUUUCUAUCAUUUCUGUUACACUGAAGAAGGUAAGACUAGUGUUUGUUUGUGACAGUGUUCUGUAUUAUAAUGAGCUGAUUUAAUCUAAUGUGCUAUAGACUUUUUAAUACUGUAACGCAUGGACAUGGUUAUUCAAUAAUCACAGGUAAAAGUUGUCCCUGCUGCAUAAAGCAUGUGAGCAGAAAUAAGUAAAUGUUGAUACUCCUUUCUAUGAUGUAGAUCUGAUCUGUUCAUUAUAAUUCCAAGUGUUUGUUGGUGUGUUUCUGAUCCUCUCAGUGUUGUUGUUGAAAUAUUAAAGACUGUUAAAGUUUAAAUCUGGCACAAACAGUUGUAAAGUAUUGACUUAAGACAAUGUAGUACAUUUCAGCAAACUCACACCAAGUGCAAACAUGCAGGGAAGUAGCAGAAAGAGAUAGCAAACAGACCCCAACUCUAGAAGUUGGUUUCUGAGAGUGGCCCCAAAAAAGGGGGGAGGUUGUGGGAAUUUGUCCCGACUAACUGGAGCAAAGAAAUCCUCACAAUGGCUGAGUUGGUCUUCUGCCUUGCAGUGCAGGGUGUAAUGCAACUGGGGAACCUUUUUGAUUUUUCCUUUAAGAAGCUAAGGUAAUGUUGUACAUUGGUUUCAUUUUGACAAGCACAUUGUUUGAUUCCUUCAUUUCUAUGUUUAAGAUUGGUUUAUAAGAAAUAUUAGAGACACUGGUUAUUAUGAAAUGUUAAAAUAAUCAAGUCUUUUUUAAUGCAUUACUGUUUGGGAAGAACAGUUCAUAUUAAGCUUUGAUUGACGAUAAUGUUGGAUGCAAAAAAAAUAAGUAUCAAACUAUAAGUAAGAACACUUUCCAUUCUCUAGAAGCCAAGUCUCACUCAAAAUGAAAACCCUUGUCCUUAUAUCUAUUAAAUUAACUCCCAGUUCCCAAGGAGAGGGAUGCUAAGGGCCGGCUGUAGCCUUUGGCACAUCAGUGUGCAACAGUCAAAGAAACUUGGGUGGCACAUGUUGACUGGAAGAAAGAAUCAGCUGACAGUUUUUUGUUCCUAAAAACUUCAUGUUUUCAAGGUUUCUCUCAAAAUCUGAGCAGAAUGAGGAUGCUGAAGAGAGCUUCUGCACUCCUCCUGAAAAGAGGAAUCGCAACUUAUCAAAGUAGAUUGUGCAGAAAUGACAGCCUCUUCAGAGUUCAUUCAUCUGUAUCUGAGGCACUGGCAGAAAACAGACCAGUGGUUGCUCUGGAGAGUACUAUCAUCACACAUGGCAUGCCCUAUCCACAAAACCUGAGCACAGCAAAGGAGGUGGAGGCCAUCGUGCGAGCUGAAGGAGCCACUCCAGCCACGGUGGGAGUGAUCGAUGGUGUCGUCCAUGUUGGUCUGUCGUCAGAGAAGCUCGAUCACCUCGCCCGCUGCGAGAGCUCCAUGAAGGUGUCCCGCCGUGAUCUACCCUACGUCAUCAGCAAUGGGCUUUCUGGAGGAACAACAGUGUCGGCCACGAUGAUAGCUGCACAUCGAGCUGGCAUCCCUGUGUUUGUCACAGGGGGCAUCGGAGGAGUUCACAGAGACGGAGAGAACAGUCUGGACAUCAGUGCAGAUCUGACAGAGCUCGGCAGGACUCCCAUUGCAGUCAUCUCUGCUGGUGUCAAGUCUAUUCUGGACAUCGGUCGGACCCUGGAGUUCCUUGAGACGCAGGGUGUCUGUGUAGCAACCUAUGGAGGGUCAAAGAAUUUCCCGGCCUUCUUCUCUCCACAAAGCGGAUUCACUUCUCCUUAUCAAGUCUGCAACCCUGAGGCGGCUGCAAAACUUAUUGCGAGUACUCUGUCACUCGGUCUCCAGAGUGGCGUCCUGUUAGCGGUGCCCAUCCCAGAGGAGCAUGCAGCAGCCGGCAAGCUGAUAGAGGAGGCUGUGCAGGCUGCAGUCACAGAGGCAAGUGUUAAAGGUAUAACAGGAAGAGAUGUGACGCCGUUUAUUCUUCAAAAGGUCAACGAGCUGACUGAAGGAAAGUCCCUUCAGGCCAACAUUGCUCUCAUUCUUAACAAUGCUAAAGUUGGUAGUCAGAUAGCUUGCGCACUGUCACAACAAAUGACUGAGAGAAAAUUCAGAGGAAAGACUAAUCAUCAUGGAAAACACUCAGACUCAGAUAUUGUUGUCAUAGGAGGAAUAAAUGUUGAUUUUAUUGCAAAAGGAAAAGCAGAAACACUUAUUUUUGGACAGACCAACCCAGGAAGUGUGUGUCUGUCAUUUGGUGGUGUAGGACGGAACAUCGCUGACUCUCUGAGUCGAUUAGGCCGCAGCCCUCUGUUCAUCUCAGCUACUGGAGCUGAUUCACACAGUGAGGCAGUGUUUAACUAUUGUAAACAUAUGGUAUAACACAACGGUGUGGCUAGGCUAGAAGAGCAAAGCACAGCGACUUACUGUGCUGUGUUCACUGCGAGUGGAGAACUGAGUGUUGGAUUAGGAGACAUGGACAUUCAUCAGCAGAUCACGGCGCAAUAUGUGUCACAGUUUGAGGAGCAGCUUUCAUCAGCUACUCUCGUGUGUCUGGAUGGAAACAUUCCUGUCUCCACCAUAGACUAUGUUUGCUCCAUUGCUAAAAAACACGACAUCAAUGUUUGGUAUGAGCCGACUGAUUCAGAUAAAGCCUGUAAGCCUUUCCUGUCGGACGCCUGGAAGUCUCUUUCCUAUUCAUCCCCAAACCUGGCAGAGCUGCGCGCCAUGAACAAAACACUGGGCCUCCCCACACCUGAAAUGCUGUUGAGCUCUGUGGAGGAGGUGCUGAGUGUUGCUGUGGCUCUCUCACGCCCCCUACUGGAGCAUCUCCACUGUCUGGUGGUGACUCUGGGCGAGAGUGGGGUGCUGGUGUGCGGAGAGCAUGAAGCAGGCUCGGUCAACCUGCAGCCAAGGAAACAGAAGAAGAAGAGGAAGCUCUGUGCUGUCCACUACCCAGCACUGACUCUGACAGCGGACGAGACCAUGAAUGUGUCAGGAGCAGGAGACAGUCUCGCAGGUGCUUUGAUGGCUGGGAUUCUCCAGCAGCGAGACACAGACAGCUGUGUGCGGAUGGGGCUCCUGGCUGCAAGACUCUCCCUGGUGUCACCGCAUCCUAUCGCCCCUACGCUUACCUACGAAUCUGUGGAGCCAAACAAAGUCAAGACUCAGGAGUGGCCCAAACCCAGCUUCAUGUGGAUUGAUUGAAAAUAUUUUCACAUCAUUUUGACACAUACCUGGGGAAAAGUAGAAAAGUGGGUCUAUUAUGCAUAGUUUUUCAAAUAUUUGUGUCAAUUUGAUCAUUUGAGGCCUUUAAAUGCGUGAUUGGAUUGUGAAGUGUGAUGUAAAAAAGAUUAUACAUUAAAUAUAAAUGUUAUAUGAUAUUUGAUGUUGGUCUAAUGAAAAAUAAUUGAACUACUUUGUCUUGAUCACAAAUCCUUGUGGGAAAAUUAUGAAACAGUAUAAUAAGGUAGCCUGCUGUGGUUUUUUAUUUCUUAAAAAAAAAAAAAGAAGAUAAAGAUACAAAUUCAGCAGUGAUAGUGAAAAUACUCCAGUCAUUUUCUUAUGUUUUUGGUGUUUUUUUUUCGGAUUUCUUGUUGUGUAUUUGAACGCCUAACAGUCCCAACAUUUUGUAUUUACCAUCUUAACUUAAAUCAUUUGUUCAAUGUUUUUUUUUCAUAUAAACUAACC